AUGAAGCCGCAGACGUUAAAUACUAGUGCUUGUUGUAAUGCUAACUGUAUUGUCUGUCAACAGCAGCGGAGGGUGGUGGUGGCACUGUACGACUACACUGCUACAGACCCUGGGGACCUGUCAUUACGGAAACACGAUGAGUUGGAGGUGAUAGAGGACACACAGGAACACUGGUGGAAGAUGAAGAACAUACAAACUGGACAUGAGGGUUUUGCACCAAGUAAUUAUGUAAGGGAGCGAGGGACCAUGGGCUUACAGCAGUAUGAGUGGUAUCUAGGUGAUGCAACAAGGCAGCGGGCAGAAGUACUCCUGAUGCAACAAGAACGGGAAGGUGGUUUUGUUGUAAGGAACUCUACAACCAACUCUGGAAUUUAUACUUUAUCAGUUUUCUCCAAACAGUCUCACCCUCAAGUGAAACACUACCACAUAAAAAAAGACCAGGAAGGAAACUACUAUCUCUCACAUCAAAUCAAGUGCCAGACCAUCCCUGAUCUAAUCUACCGACACCAACACAAUCCCGGAGGACUGUGUGCCAGGCUCAGGCCACCUGUGCAAGGCAAACAAGCUCCCACCACUGCUGGUCUUAGUCAUGAUAAAUGGGAAAUUGAUCCAAAUGAACUGAACCUCUUAGAGGAAUUGGGAUCAGGCCAGUUUGGUGUAGUGCGACAUGGAAAGCUUCGGUCUCUAGAUGUAGCAGUAAAGAUGAUGAAGGAAGGAACGAUGAGUGAAGAUGAGUUUAUUGAAGAAGCUAAGGUCAUGACACAAUUACGACACACCAACCUGGUUCAGUUAUAUGGUGUGUGUAGCAGACACCGCCCCAUCUAUAUUGUCACGGAAUACCUUCGACAUGGUUCAUUGCUACACUAUCUCCGGGCCAACGAAAGAAGCUUAAUUAACAACACAGAUGUUCUUCUAGACAUGUGCCUACAGGUGUGUGCUGGUAUGGCCUAUCUAGAGAAGCAGAAGUUUAUUCACCGUGAUUUAGCAGCAAGAAACUGUCUUGUUGGGGCCCAAAGUGAGAUCAAAGUUGGUGAUUUUGGUCUAGCUCGGUAUGUUGUGGAUGAUGAAUACACUGGUUCUGGAGGUGCCAAGUUUCCAAUCAAAUGGGCAGCCCCUGAAGUACUAAAUUUCAUGAGAUUUUCCUCAAAAUCUGAUGUGUGGGCAUUUGGUGUUUUGAUGUGGGAGGUGUUUACGUGUGGGAAGAUGCCAUAUGGAAGGAUGAAGAAUGCCGACGUGGUGGAAAGGGUACAGAAUGGACGGGUUCUCGAACAACCAAGAUUUUGCCCAGAUUAUGUAUAUAGUGUCAUGCAACAGUGCUGGAUUCCAACAGCGGAAUUGCGGCCCUCAUUCAGUGAUAUUUUAAGGAGUUUUCCAGAUGAAUGACUUGCAUCAAGUGUCUUUCCCCCCCCUCCUUCAGCUCACACCUGACAUGAUAGGACCUCAUGGAAAUGAGACAAAACCUAGUAGCUAAAGAAGUGGUUGUUUAGGAAUGUUCCUGAUUAUAUUACAUUAGUAAAAGAAACACUGAUUUUUGCAAAUUUUCUUGUGAAAAUACUUUGAAUUGUCGGUGUCAUUAGAGGUAAAAGGUUUUAUACAAGUGAAAUGUAUGUGAUAAUGGAUUGUUACAAGAUCUUAAAACCUAGCGUUUUCUGACGUUAUUUGGAUUUGAGAAAAUAUUUUUAUGCUGUAAAUAGUGCCCAAAGUUUCUCAGACACUCAUUCAGAUCACAAAAUUCAUCUCCUCAAACUUUUUGAUGUGACUGGAGUUUUGUUCUCCUUCAUGACAAAACUGCCAGGUUGAUUGUGAGUGCAUCAGUGACAUUUAUAAAAUAUUACACUUUGUUAAUAUUGUUGUCCUGAAAGAGAAAUGUGCUGGUGCUACAGGGAAACUCAGAGGAUAGCUACAUAUUUUCCUGUAGGGUGAAGGUCAUAACUAUCAGGGAAAUCAAGUUUUAAGAAGAGAAGAAACCAAGAGGUGAAAUGAGGGAUGUACACUUGAGUAUGUUUACACAGAGGUAAAGUAUAUAGAAGAGAAUGACACAUGAAUUACAUUAUAAGGCAAAAGGUAAGUACAAGAAAAAUUAUCAAAAUGUUGCCCCUAUAGUUAUUAAAGAUAAAAGUCUGAGUAAUGUUACUAAUAAAUAAGAAUCACUUAAUAUACAGUACAGUGCAACUCCUUUUAUCUGAACUCAACGGUACCAGUGAUGGUUCAGAUACCUGGACGUGCCUACAAGAACAUGCAAUAAUUAAAGUUACAUCAAAAUUCGGUUCGGCGAUAGCUUGACCCACUGGGAACGGAUAAAAACUUGGGAUGAUGUGGCUGGUGAGAUGGAAUGUUGCCAUUGUUAUAUGUAAUAAAACUUUAAAAGUUAUGAAAUAAUCAUUACAGUACUGUAAUGUGGCUUAGAAAUAAAGAAAACAUUAUAUCAAACUAUAAAAUAAGAAAAAUGAAGAGCACGAGUGUGUAUGUGCGGGAAGUGAAUGUACGUAUGUGUGGACUCGUCGAGGCAAUGGGCUGUAACUGUGUUCCCAACUCACCAGUCGCCAUUCACCCGGCCCGUGCUCCCUCCUCCCAAUGUGAUAUCAGCAUACUGUACACACACACAACACGUCUCAGAGUCAGCUGGUGGACUGCCUGAUUGAAUUGUAUUGCGUCACUUAGAGGAUGGUUUAAGUGUGGAAGGAGCUAUUUUUUUUUUUACAUAAAAUAUGUGCUGUUGUAUUUUAUAUGCUGUGUAUCAAUUUUAUUAUUUAUCAUAGCAUGGAAUUAGGGCCAACACCUUCCACCAACCUAAAAAGCCUGGCAUGCUUGCAAACAAAGCAGUUACAACGCCACUGGUGGCAGACACGAGCGAAUGACUUCAAUUGCAUUCAGAUUGUUGGACUAAAUUAGAAUUUUUAACCAAAUGGGACCAAUGGGGACAAGAGUUUGAAUACCUGAGAGAUUCAGAUAGUUGGAAUUUGGAUAAAAGGAAUUGUACUGUAAAUAAAAAUUAUAUUUAUCUUGUUCUACAUAAAUGACUGAGCAUGUUUGUGUACUAUUUCUUCACAUACUGUAUAUCAAAAAGACAGAUCUGUAAUAUUUUAAAAUUUAAUAUGCCAAGUUAUUCAUAUCAAUGCUUCCAAAGUUUUAUUACGUUGAGGAAAGGCAGGGCAAAUGUUGGACACAGAGUGAUGCUGGCACUGUCGGUCAUAACUCAGUUUAGAAAUGAUGGAACCAGUGAGUCAGCACUUGCAUUAUGUUGUAUUUGGGUGGAUGCAUUUUCCCACCUAUGUAAGGUUAACUAGAUAACAUAAACUUGGAUUUCAGCUUCAUAUCACUCAUUUUUAUAAAUCUCUACCAGACACAUCCUCACCAAAUCAUUUAAUUAUCCCUCUUACUGUUCAUGGCUUCAGAAUGACUGAAGUUUGGAAAUAACAAGUUUUCUGUACUGUAUGAUGUUAUCUCGUUGAUUUUUGUACUUCAUAUUUGUAAGAGCCAAUAUGAAUCACCAAAUAUUGCUUGGUUCUCAGUUAAGAACAUUGUGUCAAUUAGGCAGUAAACUAUUACAUUCUUAGUGGUGAUAUAUAGUCUCAGCUCGCACAAGCCACCAUUAAGUACAGUUGUACAAUUUGAGUAUAUAGAGAUCCUCAGUAAAACCAAGCUAAUUUAUUUGUCCAUCCUUUUGCCAUGUCUUUGGUCUGAGGUCAAAACAAACUUGGGAAAGUUUGUAUGUACUGUAUCAUAAUUUUUAUACGUACCAUACUCACUCACUGAAUACUAUUCAAUCUUUUUAAAGUAUUUUGCAUUUUUAUAUUGGUAUUUGUGGUGAAAGUUUAAAUGUAAAUGACAUGCAUAUAUACUGCUUGUCUGGUAAUGUGUUUAUUUUAAACAUUGAAAAUCAAAAUGACACUUUGUAAUAUAAGGUGUUCCACCGUCUCCCUGUUAGGUGAAGACUUUGACCCAAUGAAAUACUCAAGCAUUUGGCCACUUUUUUGUCAUAAUAUGCUGAGCCUUCUUGUAUUAUGCUGUUAGAAGUAACACUGGAAAUGAAUUGCAUUAUAUAAGUUUUGUUAAUACAGUAAAUACUGUUUAAUUCCCCUAAGGUUGACAAUGUGAGGACGUCUAGGUUAGGUCUUCACAUAGGCAAGAAUUCAUCAUUCUUUAAGACUUUCAUUGGUUUUUUUGGGGGAGGAGACUUUAAAGUAUUUUAUUUAAAUAUAUAAAAUGAAUAAGAAAAUAUUACUGUAAAUGUUAAUCGUGAAUUAAGAUUUAUUUAAUUUAUAAGAUAAGUAAAAUGGUGCAAUUAUGUUUUGAUAUACAGUACACUAGCAUAAGUCUAAUUUGCUAAUGAAACUGUCAUAGUCUUUUACUUAGCCCUGAGGCCUAGUUAAGUUGCAAUAUUUAAUUUAUUUCUGAGUUACUGUACUUAAAUUCUGCUGGAUAUCACCAGAGAUGAUAUAACAAAGAUCGGUCAAGUAAUGAACAUCAAACGUAAUUUGUAUAAUUUCAGUACAGUUGCUCUGCUAAUGGAUGAUCACAUACAGGUAAACCUCUAUUUACGAUAUCCCAAUAUAAGAUAAUUCGUGUUAAUGAUGCUGAUGUAUUAAUACCACUUCCCUAUUUGCGAUGUAAGCAAACUUGCAUAAACAAUACAGGUAUUCGUCAUCACGCCAAGUCGACAUAUGCAACGCCUCACUCACUUCAUUUGUCAGCUGAGGCGUCAUCUACUCAAAUACCAACUCAUGGCCAUCUGGUGAACUACAGUCCAGGCAUUGUUCUUUCUUGGUUACAUGUGUAUAAGAAAUGAAGCUCAAUGUUUAUCGGUCAUCAUCGGUGUUUUUUUUAUUUUUUUAACACCUUACAUUGUACAGAUACUCUGUUUUAGUGACUAUGAAGUUCUUUCACUCUGAUCCCCCACACAGACAAUGGGUGUGGUAAUCUGACAUUGCAUCAAAAGGUGAGUAAUAUGAGACCACUAGUCCUUCCACCCCACCUCCACUGAUCCCCUACCACAUCUUCAACACAAGAGUUGAAAGAUGUAAAAAGUGAUUUCAAUUAUGUAUUACAUUCAAGAGAUUGGGCAGUAUACUACUGUAGGCUCAAGACAACAGUAGUAAUAUACAUUAUUUUGUUUAUUUAUAAUAUAUUGUACAUGUACAGUGGUGUUUGCUUAGAUAAAUACACCUCUUGUAUCUGUCCAUAUGAGAUGCGUCAUUUGGACUCGGGGAAAACACCGGAGAAUUCCACUGUGACACUCGCACACAGAGCUCCACUUAUGAGGCACCUCACACGCCUGUAUCAUAUAGAUUUUCAGCUUUUUAUAUAUAUUUAUUUAACCAAACUCUUAGAUAUAUUAUUCAGGAUUAUUUUAGUAAAAAAUGGCAUUUCUAACUAAAAUGGAACUGAUUUUACAGACAUUUUUUAUGCUUUUUCAUAAAAGAAUCAAGUCCCCAACAUUAUAUUGUCAAAAUAUUUUGUUUGAGGAUCUCUUAUUGGAAAUGUCUCGUAGAAAAUUUAUUCAGGUUCAUUAUGGUAUCAAAUUCAUCUCUCUAACCCAAUUGGAAGUUUAGAAGAGGUGCUGUGAAGUAAUGAGGAAGGAGAGGGUGAAGCGACCAUCGGGGGAGAAAAGUGACCGCGGGGACACCCCCAAAAGAUUAACAUUCCAUCCAGUGCUUAUCACCCAAACUCCUACCUAUUACUCAUUCAUGAUACAUUAGUGUUUAUUUGUUAUUAAUUAGUAAAGAUACAUUACUGUAAGAAUCUCUGCUUAAUGAUACCUGUAUCCUUCAUAUACAAUACUAUAUACAGUAUCUCAUAGGUACAAAAUAAUGUAAUCAGAAAUGCAUCAUACAUAUACUGUAUGCAAUGGUACCAAAUUCAUUUCUCUAACAGAAAUAGAGUAGUUGUGAAAAAAAGUUUAUAAACUUUGUUCUGCUAGCCAUAAAUAUAUUUGCUACUUAACUUUUGUCCUUCUUCAAAUUAUCUUCGGGUCAUGAGACACACUAAUCCCCCACCCUGACACUGGGUGACCUGACGUAUGAGACCAUCCCACCCCACCUUCACCUGAAAUUGAUCACAUCAGCCCAUCACAAUAUUUCUUACGUUUUUCAUAAAAUAAUCGAGUCCCCCAUCAUUAUUAUCGUGUAUUCGUGACUGAAGCGAGCAAUGUAACUGUGAAAAUGUCUGGCAAGCAUUUUGCUCACCAUCUUUAAGGCCAGGACAAAAGCUACACCUCCAGUCCCCACUCUUCAGACUCCCCAAAGUCUGUGUGGGACUCAGGUUGAUGUCUCCACUCCACCUUGAAGAGGACAUGUGAUGAUGACUAGACUUCUUAAUGAUGUGGCGAGUGUUGUUUGUGUUGUAGUGUUAGUAGUAUUCUAGUUUUUUUUUUUUGUGGUACCUACUGGUGUCUGGCUAGGAACCUAUCACAUUGAACCCCAUGUUACAAUGAACCUGAUUUACAAUAUUCUGACCUGCGUUGGGGUUUUCAGGACCCCAACCCCAUCGCAAAUAGAGGUUUACCUGUAUUACACUUAUCAUUUAAUUUUUGUUUUGUUUGGAAAUUGAUUUGUGCUAGCAAGAUUUACUACCUGAAAAUCCCAGCAAAAUAUUUCAGAAAAUAAACUGAAGAUGACGUUUUAAAAGCUUACAAUUUACCACCCUUUAAGGAGUUUUGUUAUUGACCUUACAGCAACCCAUUUAAGAUUGAGGUUCUGGUUGGUUUCAUAAAUUCACACUUGCUGACCUUAUCUGAUAUGUAACCAUCUACCGAUAUAUAAAUUAUCAUGUAUUAUACCACACAUUUUAUGUAGACCAAGAAAUUAAUAAAUGCAAGAUAACAUACAGUACAUUCUCUAUAUUCCAGUCUAUAGAACUAUUAAAAUAUAUUUAAGAUUGUUGUGAGGGGAAUGUAACAGUAAUAUGUUAUUUGAUUAGUUUUUAUAAAUGAAUCCUAGUAGCUCUUUAUAUCUGGUUACCAUAUUUGUAUUGCUACAUUUAAAAUCACAUUCUUCCACACACCUGUGCAGUACAGUAUAUGUUUUCAGCUGUAGACCUUUACUGAUCAUAAGAUAUUUAUAUGUUGCCAGGAUACAGUAUAAUUCUGUCUGAGAAAAAUAAGUGCUUGAUGAGGUGUACUGUACUUGUAUGGUUUAAUAUCCGCAUAUUGUAAAAUAGCUAUAGCCCAUGUAACAGUAAGAGCAGCUAUAUGCUGAAACUACACAAUACUGUAAACACUUUCUUUUUCAGAAUAAGUAUAGUUUAAUCCCUUGUGUACAGGUUCCCCUCUGAUCUGAAUAAACUCCUCUGGCGUUAGCCAAAUAAAAUACAGGUAUUAAAAGUGUUGUCCCCGUAGUGAAUGGGUUAACAGCUCAUGCUGAUAAAAUUACUUUGACUAAUAUUUCUUAAUACUCAAAAAGGUAUCAUAAUAUACCUGGUUAUCAGUGAUGCAGCAGGCUUUUUUCCAAGCAUUUCAACAAUGCAACACAAAUAUAUUGGUAUCAAAGUAAAGUACCCCAUGUAAUACAGUAUUAGACAGAUACAUGAGCACAAAUGUGGACUACUCCAUUUGGUGUGUGACGGUAAAAGUGUGCUUUGGUUGUCAUUGAGGGUUAAAAAGAGAAUAAAAAAUAAAUUGGCAUUUUGUGGCUCAUAUUUGCCUUAUCUUCAGAAAAAAAGCAAAAUCUCUUAUUCUCACACACACAAAAUAGUUUACAGUACAAAAUUGACUGGCCAUUAUAGAACACAUCAUCUUAUUUGCAAAAAUGGCAUAAGGUACUGGUAACAGCAUAAGUAACAUUACCAGGGGAAGUGAAGUCUGACUGAUCUUUAGAUCUUCAGUGAAGCCCAUUAAUUUUUGUUAAGUUACAUGGAAACAGUUUUUUACUUUGUCAUCUUGUUAUUCAUCCAAAUGUAGGUUAUGCAUGUAUGUAAUGUCACCUAGACUUUUUCUUUUGUAUAGGGGCAUUUUAUAAGGUUAAAAUCAGUGGCUUAGUCUAAUAUGAUGGUGUUUUUAUAUACUGUAUACAUUAAUAGUUCAGUUCAGUUGGUCAUGGAUGCCUUCUUUUUAGUGGUUUAUGAGGUUGUUGGAGGGGAGAAGUCCCUUUCUGUCUGUCUUCCAGUGUUGUUUUUCAUUGGCAUCUCGUACACAGCUUCCCUGUACUGCUACAUAUUACCAAGCCAAGCAGUUUUUUAAUCUUCGCUGCUUUCCAUUUAAAAGCCUUAAUUAAAAUCCUAGUUUUCAAGGUCUUCUUGUAAAUUUUUCCUUAAAUACAGGGUGGGGUUUUUUAUACUCAAGAACCCUAAAUAAUUCCAAUACUCUAGGCUAAGAACUAUAUCGGUUAAGAACCUAGAAUUUUGCAGGAAGAUGUAACAUGACCUGAGAAUUAUCAGGUAUCACACGAUAGAAAAUGGUGCAACUACUGAAUCUAUGAGUACAGUAAAAUGGUUCCAUUGACCAUACAAAAUAUGUACCAUUAUUUAAUGUUCAUUUAUUUUAUUAGUUUGAUCUGCAUGUAUAUGAUCAGAUGCAAAAAGCCCUACUGAAGAAAAAGAAAAAGAAAUACCUUAAAUUUAAGUAAAGUGUAUCAAAAUGAUUUUUUAUGAGCUAGAAACCUCACAUACAUUUACAGUGCUCAUGAAAUUGCGGUGCUGGAUGAGACCAGUGUUUCCAUACAACUCACACAGAAAAGCCUCGUCUGUAGAAAAUCUCCAGUAUUCCCUCUGCCAAGUACAGCACAGGCACUAAUAAAGCAACACAAUACAAAGUGUUAAAUACUCUCCACACAAACAUUUUGUGAAUUAUUUAAUGAUGAGGUGAGGAAAUGGGUGCAAUAAUCACCGAGUUUAUUGCAUUAACCUUUAAGUACUGUAAUUAGUACAACAUUCUUUUCUUUUGUGAGCAAUAGAACCAGUACUUACUUUAAUACUGUACACAAACCCCAUUUUUAGGAUAGGAUGAUAUAAAUAUUUAUAUAACAUUUAUGUAUCAGUCAUGUACUUAUGAAAACAAGUGGGUUCAAGAAUGGGUUCAGCACAUUAUGAUACUGAAGUGACAUGUCUUUCUGCAGUUUUUAUAAAGCAUUGUCCUUUUUGAGUCAGCAUUUAUUGUGGCAUUAACCGCCACCAGUCUGCCGUGGUUGUAGUAUCAACAGUCUCAGUGAUACCAUAGUUUAUACUGUAAUAAUUACCUGUGGCUCCUAGAGUUAUAUUGAACAUGUGAUGGCAAUAUUUUCAAUUUAAUUUUUGGCUUUUUUUGUGCACACAGGAAUUUGGCCCAAAUUAUUUGUAAUGAUUUAGUACUGUAUUUAAAAAGCUGUCUAAUCACAAAAUAGUAAACCAAAAAAUAUAUGUAAUCAGUAUUAUUGAUCACUAUCAUCUUUAAUACAAUUUAUAUUCACCUUGAUUAUAUCAGAAGCCUUAUUUAAGGGUAAUAAUUGUAAAAGGCUGUCUUUCAUUAUGUGAACAGUAUUGCUUUUAUAAAUAAGUAAAUUAGUUUGAGGCAGAAUAAGUGACUCUUUUAUGUCAAGGUGAAAAUGAGUUCUGUUAAUUAGAUUCAAAAUUUCUCUGUAACCAACCUCUGUACCUAAUGCAGGGGCGGAUUCAGGACUUCAGGUUAGAGGGAGUGCAACUAUUUAAUGUCAGUUGCUGAUGGCUCAAUGCAAUGAAUUAGGUCAAGGGAUAUUGAGCUUCUUUGGACCCCAUAAGCCAUACGUGCAAAUUGAACCAAUAAAACAAAACUUCCAAUAGGAGGGAUUAAACUUCAAUAAGAAAUUAAGGGAGGGGAUGCACCCUCCAUGCCCCUCUCCCAACAUAAAUCCGCCACUGUAAUGCAAUCAUUCCAAUUUGGUUAGCUUUAUUUUUAUGGCACACUGGUGCCAUGUAGCUGAUAGCUCUAUAUGCAGUAUUUGCACAAGUUAUGAUGGCUGUCAUCAUACUGUAAUUAACAAUAUUAUGGACAUUGGUAAGUUUACUGUCAUCAUGCAUACCAUCAGUGAAUACUCUACGUAUAUGUAGAUUCAUAAAUUUUGUUUGAAAAUAAGAUUUUUUUUUCUUCAAAAUCUCAUACAUUGUACACUAUAUUUUGUGUAAAAAAAAUUCUCCAGAUUGUAUUUUGCACAAAACUGCCAGUCCCAUGAAAUAGCUCAAGCUUCCCCCAUUUCUCACUGCUGGUAUAACUGGAGUGAAUGUUAAGCAAUGUUAUCAUUAGAAGUCAUUUAAUUUAUGUUUACUGCUUAGAAUCAUAAAAAUGAAUUGCAAAGUACUUAUUUCAUUCCCAGACGACUUUACUGUUGUCUGGUGAGCUUGGCAUUCCAGGUUUGAAUAAUCAAUGGAUGAUCUUCAGCCGUGGUGUACUUAGUGAAAAUGUGUGACCUAAUGCAUAAGGGUGGUAAAUGCCAAAAAAGUAUUUUUUUAUACAUAGAAUUAGGAUAUUAUGGUGAUAUCAAUAUUCAGUGGAUAUGUUUAAGUGAUUUUUGUAAAAAUGUACAGUAUAUAAAUUUUAAAUAUUGCAUUAUCUUUUGGCUGUCACUAUCAAAAUUAACAUAAUCAUCAAUAAAAGAGUAUAUACACAGA